GACGCUGGGUCCCUCCGGCGCCAGGCUCGGGUGGAGCGCUGGGAAGGACUGGGAAGGACUGGGAAGGCGCUGGGCCGUGCUGGGAGCCCGGCGGGGGGGACCGGCCUGUGCCGGGGGGACGGGGAUGCUGCUGGGCUCUACUGGGAAGGGCUGGGUGGCUUCAGUCGGUUGUUCCAGAGGCUCAUACUGGUGUGUGGCGGUGAACUCUGGUUCCUACUGGUUUCUAAUGGCUUGUACUGGUCUGUAUCCGUUUGUACGCCCUUCUACUGGCCCAUCCCAGUCUUACUGGCCGUACUGGGAAGGGCCUGAAGGCUUUAACGGCCCAUUCUGGAAGAUCCUACUGGCCUGUGGUGGUCCGUACUGGUUUCUGCGCUCUUACGCUGCUCUGUGCGGGUCUUUACUGGUCCAUACUGGUCGUCAGUAAGCUAUACUGGUCCAUACUGGUCUUCCUGGUUGCACCAGAAAAGGUCUGGAGGCUUUAACGGGUCAUUCCGGAAGGUCUUAAAGGUUCGUGGUGGUUCCUACUGGUGUCUUCUGUCUUCCACUGGUCCAUGCCAGGCUUUAAUGAAUUCUACUGGUCCAUGUUGUUCUUACUGGUCAUACUGGGAAGGGCCUGGAUGCAUUAAUGGGCCGGGCCGUUCCAGAAGGCCUUAUCAGCUCGUGGUGGUUCCUACUGGUUUCUGCUCUGCUCCACGGGUCCGUGCUGGUCCCGAAUGCACUGUACUGGGCCAUACUGGUCACAAUGGGCAAAGUUUGCAGGCUUUAAUGGACCAAUCCAGAAGGUCUUAGUAGUUCGUGGUGGUUUCUACUGGUUUCUGCUGUCUUCUGCUGGUCCAUGCUGGUCUUUAAUGAGCUGUGCAGGUCCAUAGUGGUCUUACUGGUCGUACUGGGAAGGGUCUGGAGGCAUUAAUGGGCCAUUCUGGAAGGUCUUAGGGUUCGUGGUGGUUCCUGUUGGUUUCCGAUCUCUUCUGCUGGCCCAUGCUGGUCUUUAUGGGUCCCUGCCAGUCUUUAACGAGCUGUACUGGCCCAUACUGGUCUUACUGGUCAUACUGGGAGGAGCCUGGAGGCACUAACGGGCCAUUCCAGAAGAUCGACUGGUCCCUGGUGGCCCGUAGCACCUCUGACCGUCUCCUGGUGGUCUGUACUGGUCCAGACUGGUCUCUGCGGUGCCCCGCAGGCGAUGCCGGACGCCGACCCCCGCCUGGACCCGGGCCGCUGGGCGGCCGCCAGCUUCCGCCCGCGGGGGGCACCCCCCGCCCCUGCCCCCCGCCCCCGCCGGGGCUUCUGGCGCCGCCUGGGCGGCUGCUGUGGCUGCUGCGGCUGCUGCCGCCGCGGCACCGAGGACUGGGAGCCCCCGCCUGGAGAAGUCCCGGGGCACCGGCCCCCCCAGCCCCUGCGACCAGGCCAGCUGGCGCCCCGGGGGCUCGUGGUGGGCUCGGCGGCCGAUCGCGUGGCUCACCACACCUCUGAAUUCGCCUGCCCCCGCCUCGUGGUGCGCCGGGGGCAGCCCUUCCGCCUGCGCGUCCUCCUGCCCCGGCCCUUCGACCCCGCGGACGACGGCCUCUGCGUGGAGCUCACCCUCGGCCCCAACCCGCAGGUGGCAAAGGGCACCCACGUCCUCAUCCCAUUGGGCGAGAGCUCGGCCACCGGUUGGACGGCCGAGGAAGAGGAGCUAGAAGAAGGGGCGGAGCGUCCCGGAGGCCCCGCCCUCAACCUCUGCCUCACGGCCCCGCCCAACGCGCCCAUCGGCCGCUACCGCCUCAGCGUCAAGACGCGCACGGGGGCGGGGGAGUACGCGGCCCCCUUCGACGACGCCAACGACUUCUUCCUCCUCUUCAACCCCUGGUGCCCGGACGACCACGUCUACAUGGAGAAAACGAGCGACCUGAACGAGUACGUCCUGAACGAGACGGGGCGCAUCUUCUACGGCACCGAGGACCAGAUCGCCGAGCGCGCCUGGAACUACGGGCAGUUCGACGCAGGGGUGCUUGAAGCGUGCUUGUACAUCCUGGACCGCCGGGGGAUGCCCCACAGCGCCCGGGGGGACCCCGUCAUGGUCUCCCGCGUCGUCUCCGCCAUGGUGAACUCGCUGGACGACAACGGGGUGCUGGUGGGCAACUGGACGGGCGACUACGCCCAGGGCACCAACCCCUCGUCCUGGGCCGGCUCCGUCGACAUCCUCCGCUCGUACCACAGCGCCGGCGCCCCCGUGCGCUACGGCCAGUGCUGGGUCUUCGCCGGCGUCAUGACCACCGUGCUGCGGUGCCUGGGCUUCCCCACCCGCACCGUCACCAACUACAACUCGGCCCACGACACCGACGUCUCGCUCACCACCGACAUCUACUUCGACGAGAACAUGCGGCCCCUGGAGCGCCUCAACACCGACUCCGUCUGGAACUUCCACGUGUGGAACGACUGCUGGAUGAAGCGCCCCGACCUCCCCGACGGCUACGACGGGUGGCAGGUGGUCGACGCCACCCCCCAGGAGACCAGCAGCGGUAACGGGCUCCUGCUGGUCCGUGCUGGGAGGCACCGGGAGGAGGCCUGGGGGCCGCCGGGGGCCGGUGGGCUGCGGGAGGGGGAAGCGCCGCCGCGGGGGCGCGGGGGGCUCGUGCUGGCCCGCCCUGGUCCUCACCGGCCCGUGCCGGUGGCCAGGGCUGUUCUGCUGCGGGCCGUGCUCGGUGACGGCGGUGAAGAACGGCGAGGUCUUCCUCAAGUACGACACCCCCUUCGUCUUCGCGGAGGUAGGGGGCGGGGCCUCCGGGCGGGGCCUCCGGGCGGGGCGGUGGGCGUGGCCCGCUGUAACGAGGGGGCGGGCCCUCAGGUGAACAGCGACAAGGUCUACUGGCAGCGGCAGCCCAACGGCGCCUUCGCCGUGGUGCACGUGGAGGAGGGCGCCAUCGGGCGCCGCAUCAGCACCCUGGGGGCGGGGUCCGGCGCCCGGCUGGACGUCACCCACCAGUACAAGCACCCCGAGGGCUCGGAGGAGGAGCGCCGCGCCGUCUCCACCGCCACCUCCCACGGCUCCCGCCCCCGCACCCAGGGGACCCCCUCCUUGGGGGAGGUGACGGUGACGGUGGGGGCGGGGCCGGCGGUGGCGGGGGCGGAGCUGGAGCUGCGGGCGGUGGCCCGGAACGACGGGGUGGAGCCUCGCACGCUCCGCCUCCGCCUCUCCCUCUGCGCCGUGCGCUACACCGGCAUCGCCGGGGCGCCGUUCCGGCAGGAGCAGCACCGGCGCGCCGUGCCGCCGGGGCAGGAGGAGACGGUGACGAUGACGGUGGCCUACGCCGAGUACGGGCCGCACGUGGGCGACCAGGACGCCCUGAAGCUGACGGUGGCCGGGGCCGUGGAGGAGACGGGGCAAGUGGUGGCCAAGGAGCUGCGGGUCCGGCUGCACGCGCCCGAGCUCACCCUCACGCUGCUGGCGCCGGCCGUGGUGGGGGAGGAGACCCCGGUGCAGGUGGUUUUCCAGAACCCGCUUCCCGACACGCUGAGCGGGGCCACCCUGCGCAUGGAGGGCGCGGGCAUCUCCUGCCCCAAGGCCCUGCGGCUGGGGUCGGUGGGGCCGGGGCAGACGGUGCGGCUGCGCCAGGCCGUGCUCCCGCUGCGCCCCGGCCGCCGGCGCCUGGUGGCCGCCCUCGAGAGCCCCCGCCUGGGGCCGCUGCACGGGACCCUCCAGUUCGACGUCGCCCCCGCCCCAGCCGGGGCCGCCGGCAGCACCGGGAGCCCCCCCCGGCGCCCGCGCCGCGCCCGCCGCCGCGCCCCCCCGCCGGCCGGCAGCACCGGGGGGUGACGGGGGGCGCUGGGAGGGCGGGGGGGGGGUACUGGGGGCGCUGGGAGGGUGACGGGGGGCGCUGGGAGGGCGGGG